AUGUCUCUUCUACGAACUUCCUUUGCUCGCCAGUUGCGCACCGCAAACUCUGCUCGCUUGUUCACCACAGCUGCCACUCCUCUUCUGCAAUCCGCCAAACCCCCCACCUCUAAGAUCGAGCUCAAGAUUGAGCCUCUCCCACGUCCCGGUGAGAAGAUUGAGACUAAGCGUGCACGGCUGCUUUACCAGUCUCGCAAGCGCGGUAUUCUGGAAACAGAUCUUUUGUUGUCCAAGUUUGCCCAACUUUACCUGGCAGAAAUGACUAUGGAAGAGCUCGAGGAGUACGACAAGUUGCUGGAUGAACAGGACUGGGAUAUUUACUAUUGGAUUACUAAAAAUGAUGACAUUAAGCCGUGCCCUGAGAGAUGGAAUAACAGUCCGCUUAUGAAGAAGAUUCGCGAAAUGGUCGAGACUAAAGGUAACGAGUGCACCCGGAUGCCUGACCUUUAUUAA